GAAACCCUUGACUGCAUAUAUAAAAGAAACUCCAAGAGUUCUUCCACCUCCAAAAUGGACAAGGCAGUCAGUGUCACAAAUCCCUAUGCUGGGGUCAACCUACCUCGGGCGCAACUCAAGAGCAGCUUUGUCCGGAACACCAUUGGGGAGGACCUAGAUGGGGUAGUUAUUGCCAAUCCCUCAGUGGUGCCAAGCUACCCUACCUACUCCACAACGGACAGGGUCAACAACGAUUCCGUAUCCACUGCUUCUUGGGAGGGCAACAAAAUCCACACACAGGAAUCGUGGAGGCGGCCAUAUAAUCCAUACGCCCCUGACAAGCCUCAAAAUGGAGGUCACCCCAGUUCCAUGUACACCAUCGAUCUGGACAAACAACACUAUAGGGAGCCUGCAAAAUCUGAAGAUAAUCCUUGUUGCUGCUACCCCUGUUGCAAAUGUUGUCCGUGUUGUCAAAAGUCUUGUGUUAUCUCUUAAAAGCCUUCUCCUAAACUUGGUCUAGCCAAGGGAUGACAUUCCCUCUGAGCCACAAAACAAAAAAACUUCCCAAACUGAUCGAGGAGCAGAACACUUUUUUGCAUGUUUUGCAAACUAUAAACCUAAG